CACGAGUUGGAGAAUGGUGUUUAGAGAGAGAAAGUGCCAGUUGGAGAGAGAAAGAAAGGGCGCAUGAGCCAGCCAGCAAGAGAGAGAGAGAGAGAGAGAACGAGUUGGUUAUGUUUUUCCCACCAAUUUAACCUUUUUCUGGGACCGUGAAAUCCUUGUGCGGCCAUGCCUCAAAACCCAAGUGGGUCAUCUUUGUUGAGGUCCUACUCUCUCCCACUUGCUGGUGCUUCUCUGUCUCUACCCUUCUUCUUUUCCGACUCCCUCUCUCUCUUUUCUAAUUUAAUGCUGUCAUUCUUCCCCACCUCGAUACAAAUAUCAAUUCUCUCUCUCUUCACGCAAUCCCAUGUAUUCAGUUCUUUUUACUUUUUGAAUUGAUUUCUUCUUGUUCUUGUUGUUGUUAAUUUACAGUGGUAGUAGAAACGCAAUCUGUUUUGUUGUUGUUGUUGUUGUCAAAGUUUGUAUUAUAUAUUUUUGUGUUCCUCGUUGGAAUUUUUUGUUUUUGUAUUAUCUUCAAGAUUGGGUCUUUGAUCUUCUGUGAAAAAGAAGGGUGUUUUCUUGCAAUUUGGGCAUCUGGGUAGUGUUAUAUAUAAGCAACCUGUACUGGGUAUUGCUCGAAAUAGGUGUGGUUGUUCUUGGAUUUGAUGGGUUGUGUUUUUGGAGUCUUUUGUGGGGGUGGAAGAGCUGUUGACCAAAGUGUUUUUUUUGGGAUUUCAACUUUGCACUUGCUGUAGAGAUUUGUGAUUGAGAUUUCAUGCUUGGUCCAAGACAAUGGAGAGGUUUAUGGCCAGAUUUUUUCUCCUUUAGCAUUGAAUACUUUUAGCUUUGUGGAAAGAUUAUGAAGAACCUUUUAAAGAAACUCCAUAUUGGGUCCAAUCAAUCUGAAGAUUCAGAAGGGGGGUCUGCUUCAUCAAAGGGCAAUAAUAGAUUGAAUGAUGGGUCAUCACCUGAGAGGUUUUCCCAGUCUCGGUCCCAUCACAAUUCCGAGAAUAAAGCGUUUUCAGGUCUUUCAGGAUGGUUGAAUUCAGUGACAAAUAGAAACAGUCCUAGUCCUUCAUCGUCUUUGAAUGUUGUGAGAGCGGAGCGAUUGGAACCGUCUGAUUCAGUUAGCAGUGGUGGAUUAGAUGCUGCUUUGGAAGCCACAAUGCGUGAUUCGGGUUCUAGCAAUUCGAGGGAUCCUGAUAUUGAGGAGGAGUAUCAAAUACAAUUGGCUUUGGAGUUGAGUGCAAGGGAGGAUCCUGAAGCAGUUCAGAUUGAAGCUGUUAAGCAGAUUAGUUUGGGCUCCUGUCCAUCUGAGAAUACUCCGGCAGAAGUUGUUGCAUAUCGAUACUGGAAUUACAAUGCUCUUGGCUACGAUGACAAAGUUUUGGAUGGUUUUUAUGACGUUUAUGGCAUCUUGAUGGAGUCCACUCCAUCAACAAUGCCAUCCCUUGUUGAUCUGCAAGGACCACCGGUGUCAGACAUCAUCUGGGAAGCAAUUUUGGUCAACAGGGCAGCUGACGCGAACCUGUUAAAACUUGAACAGAAGGCAAUGGAGAUGGCUGUCAAAUCAAGGUCGGAAUUUCUAAAUAUUCUAGGCCGUGAUUUGGUGAGAAAGCUUGCUGCUUUGGUUUCUGAUAACAUGGGGGGACCAGUUGGGGAUCCAGACAACAUGUUGAAAGCAUGGAAAAGUCUAAGUAACAGUUUGAAGGCAACACUUGGGAGCAUGGUUUUGCCUCUUGGUUCAUUGACAAUCGGAUUGGCCCGUCACCGUGCACUGUUGUUCAAGGUCUUGGCUGAUAGCGUUGGUAUCCCUUGCCGCUUAGUGAAAGGAAAGCAAUAUACUGGUUCUGACGAUGCAGCAAUGAACUUCGUAAAGAUGGAUGAUGGAAGGGAAUAUAUUGUUGAUCUAAUGGCGGACCCAGGCACACUUAUUCCAUCUGAUGCAGCAGGAUCACAUAUAGAAUAUGAAGAAUCUUUCUUUCCCACUAGCCCUUUUUCUAGGGGUGUUGACUCAUCACAUAUAGCUUCCUCUAGUAGAGGUGGGGUUCUCAGUUUAUUUGAAGAACAUUCAGAGUCUAGAAAUCUUAGUACUGCAAGAAAUGAAUCUGAUGACAGAGGUGAAUACCUUCCUUCUACAAAUUUAAUUGGACCUAUUCACGGUGACGAAGUAUCCAAGAUGUCAGAUGAUUCUAGAAAUCCCUCUGAUUUAAAGGAACUGGCUUGGGAAGUUCCCAGCAGGCCUAAUUAUCCUUACGUGCAUGCAAGAUCUCCUUCCUGGACUGAAGGUGUUAGCUCCCCAGCUGUACGCAGAAUGAAGGUGAAAGAUGUGUCUCGAUACAUGAUUGAUGCUGCCAAAGAAAAUCCUCAGUUGGCUCAAAAACUUCACGAUGUGUUACUCGAAAGUGGUGUUGUUGCUCCUCCAAACUUGUUUACUGAAAUUUAUUCGGAGCAGUUAGAUGUCUCAAUGGUCGAGGCCAAGUGCCCAACUGAAGAUAAGCAAAGAACUAAAGGACAUGAUGAUCUUAAUCAACCUCGAUUUUUGCCACCUCUUCCUUAUCACGGUGUGCAUUCUAAAGGCAGUCCUCGUGGUCAACUGGAGCAUCAGCUAGAAUUAAGAGAAGUAACUGGGCAACCCGUUUCAUCACAAUGUGAAGUAACUCCACCAAAAUAUGUAAAGAAUGUUCCUGUUGCCGCCGCAGCAGCAGCUGCUGCAGCAGUUGUCGCAUCUUCAAUGGUAGUUGCCGCGGCAAAGACAAGCACUGAGUCAAGCCUUGAACUACCCGUUGCAGCCGCUGCCACUGCUACAGCUGCGGCUGUAGUGGCAACAACUGCAGCUGUCAGUAAGCAGUGUGAAAACUUGGAGAUACGUGGCCAUUCGCCAAGUGGCGCGGCUGCACUCAUUAAUCAAGUGGACGGCAUGAGAAGUGGUGGUGAUGCAGAUGGUGCAGUUUAUGAGCCACGGGGUAGUGGUGACCAGAAGCAUGAUGCUUUGGGUACAAAUCCGGAGGGUGAGAGAAUGUCAGAUAGAUCAGCAGGUAAUGACAGCACAAAAUCUGAUGCUUUGCUUGACGAUGUAGCAGACUAUGAGAUCCCAUGGGAAAAUAUCACCUUGGGUGAGCGUAUCGGGCUUGGAUCAUACGGGGAGGUAUAUCGUGGAGAGUGGCAUGGAACUGAAGUUGCUGUCAAGAAGUUCCUAAACCAAGCUAUAUCUGGUGAAUCCCUUGAAGAAUUCAAAAGUGAGGUCUGGAUCAUGAAAAGGCUCCGGCACCCUAAUGUUGUUCUUUUCAUGGGAGCUGUUACUCGUCCUCCAAAUCUCUCAAUUGUUACUGAAUUUCUUCCUAGAGGCAGUUUGUAUAGGUUGAUUCACCGGCCUAACAAUCAAUUAGAUGAACGGAGGCGUUUGAGGAUGGCUCUCGAUGCUGCUCGGGGAAUGAAUUAUUUGCACAACUGCACACCGGUGAUAGUUCAUCGAGAUUUGAAAUCUCCAAACCUCCUUGUUGAUAAGAAUUGGGUUGUGAAGGUUUGUGAUUUUGGGUUAUCUCGAAUGAAACACAGCACAUUUCUUUCUUCAAGGUCAACUGCAGGGACGGCUGAGUGGAUGGCCCCAGAAGUGCUCAGAAAUGAACCUUCAGAUGAAAAGUGUGAUGUUUAUAGCUUUGGUGUUAUUUUAUGGGAGCUCUGUACAUUGCAGCAGCCGUGGGGGGGAAUGAACCCAAUGCAAGUUGUCGGUGCGGUGGGUUUUCAGCAUCGUCGUCUUGACAUUCCCGAUGAUAUGGAUCCCGUUAUUGCAAAUAUUAUUAUGAAAUGCUGGCAAACAGAUCCAAAACUGCGGCCUUCGUUUGCUGAGAUAAUGGCUACUCUGAAGCCACUACAAAAGCCUGUAAACGCUGCACAAGUGCCUAGACCAAGUAUGCCGAUAAGCAGUGGGCAGAGGGGCCACCCAUCACGCACUUUAGAAGACCCGACAGGCUGAAAAGAGUCAAUGAAGAAGCAAAGCCAAAUCGCGACUCUUGGAAUGCCUAGAAAUGGAUGCAAAUCCCAGAUUGCUCGGGACAGGUGUGAGAAAAUAGACCGGGUUAAAGAUCCUGACAGUCGUACACUUCAAAUUUGAGAUAAAUGUGAUUCUUCUUGCUACAUUUCCUUUUUUUUCUCUCUGGUUUUUUUUUUCCCCUUUCUUUUAUAUUCUUGGCUUGUUCGUGCAGCCGUUGUCAAAAUUGUGUAUUUGUUUGUAAAAUUCAUUUGAAUUUAUUGUAAUUAAGGUUUUGAGUUCUUGUAGUCAAUUUAGGUGAUGGCAUGAGUUAAAAAAGAGGUGAAAUAAUAUAACAAAUUGUAAAGCAUAUUGUUGCCAUAAUUAGUGACCAAAAGAGGGAUUUAAUUUAUGUGGGUUAUGUUCAAGGAGGUCAAAGUUAUGCAA